UUCGCAGGUUAAAUGCUCUUUUUUUAACACGUGAAAGUUUGUUUUUUUAAGUUUUUCAAAUUAAAAAUGAAGAUAGUAAGCUGGAACGUAAAUGGCCUAAGAUCAUUAAAAUCAAGUAUAAAAGAUAUAUUAAAAAAUUUAGAUGCAGAUAUUUUAUGUUUACAAGAAACGAAGUUAUCCCGAAAUCAAUUAGAAGAAUCGUUAGCAUUUAUUGAAGGUUAUAAUUCAUAUUUUGCAUUCCCUCGUCAUCUGUCCGGAUACUCUGGUGUAGCUACUUACUGUAAAGAUUCUUGUAAGCCAGUUAAUGCCGCAGAAGGACUUUCUGGGAUAUUCAGUCCGAACACUAAAUUCUGCCUGCAGACAGAAUUAUUUACGCCUUCUGAAAUGAUUUCUCUAGAUGGAGAAGGACGUGCUAUAGUGACUGAACAUUUAAUAAAAUGCAGUGAACGAGAAGAAAAAUUAGCUGUGAUAAAUGUGUAUUGUCCUCGUGCCGAUCCAAAUAAGUUGGAUCGUAAGGAUUUUAAGCUUAAAUUUAAUCAAUUAUUACAUUGUAAAACAGAAUUGCUUUUGAAAAAUUGUUAUCAUGUGUUGAUUGUUGGUGAUUUGAAUAUAACACACAAACCUAUUGACCACUGUGAUCCUGGAAGCGAAGAGGAAUUUCUAAAUGAACCAUCUCGACAGUGGUUAGAUUCAUUUAUCUUAUCUUCUGAGAAUGACUUAAAAAGUAAGAAAGAUAUGAUAGAUACCUUUCGUCAUCUUAAUCCAACAGUGAAGAAUGCUUACACUUGUUGGAAUUCAAAAACUAGUGCAAGGUUAACCAAUUAUGGAACUCGUAUUGAUUAUGUCUUAACAGAUAAAGGACUAUUACCUUAUUUAAAAGAAAGUAUAAUUCUUUCUGAUAUUAAAGGUUCAGAUCAUUGUCCCAUAGCAGCUGUAUUCAAAUUUUCAUUAUUAAGUAAUAAACAAUGCCCUGAUUUAUGUACAAGGUACUGGCCUGAAUUUGCAGGCAAACAACAAAAGCUAUCAAUAUUUUUACAAAAUACUGAAAAAUUUCAAAACAAUGAGGAAGGGUUUCAGAAUAGUAAGAGGCAGAAAAUUGAUAAGCAAAAUAAACAACAAUCUAUCACUCAGUUUCUUUUACAAAACUCUAAAAAAGAAAAAUGUGUCAAUGAUAAAAUAGACAGAAUUAAUCACUACAGUAAUUCUGAUAGUAGUACAUGUCAACAAAGCAAAAUGUCAGAACAAGAACCAAAUUACAACAUUAAUAAAGUAAAAAGUGAUAAUGAAAAUAUUAAAGCCAAUGCAGAUGACCGUAAGGUAUUAAAUAAUAAACAAAGAGAAAUUUGGAAGAAUAUAUUACAUGGUCCUCCAGAAUCACCUUUAUGUAAAGGACAUAAAGAACCAUGCAUUUUACGAACAGUUAAAAAAGCAGGCCCAAAUUUUGGAAAACAGUUUUUCACCUGUGCAAGACCAAAUGGACAUCCAUCAAAUCCUGAAGCCCAUUUAUAUUUCCACUAGCAUUCCCGGUCCUGAGAUUGACUUAGACAAUUUUUAUUCAGCAUAUUGUGGAUGUAAAUGCCCUGAAAAAUGCUUAAUGGGAUGCUCUUGUUUGCGCUGGUUUGGGCCUAGUUACAAUAAUGGAUUAUUAAUAGAAA